GUGAUGGACACUAUUUCUAAAAGGGGGGACGAAGAAGUGGAAUUUAAAAAAAUGACAAAUACAACACAUCUGGUUCUCAUUUGGCGCCAGAGUAAAGUUAUAGUAUAGUAUAGUAAAGUAAGAGUUACUUACUUACUUACUUACUUACUUACUUACUUACUUAAAAUAGCAUUUUCACUUCGACGUAUUUCUAGGUUGCUGACAGAAAUUUUUGUCAGCUCCAGAGUGAGUGUGUACACGAUAUGUAUGCGUCUGAUAGUAACUAAGGUCUGAUUAGGUGUGCAUGUGUACCUAUAUGUGUGUAUGUUAAUGUGUCCGCGCACUGUGCAUGCGCCAUACCAUUCUGACGUUCCCAGAGCUCGUGGAACUGUUGUGCUCUGUGAGUUAGAGAAGACUCCACUGUCUUGGACUCGGAACAAGAGAAACUUAACUACAUUGUCCUUCAUGUUCUACUCGACAACAUCAAGCCAUCCGAGGAUCUAUGGAAGACGGAGUGACCAGAGUGUGCUGUGGAUCUAGCGAUGAUUGAAUAAGAAACUCUGAUUGUCAAUUUUCUGAAUAAUUUUAACAUCGCAUAGUGCUCAUUUGGAUACCUGGAAGAGCAUAACAUUCUAGCUUGCUAGGUUAAAUCAACUUCGAAUACACAGAGGAAUACGUAAUAUUAGCUAGCUAAAACCUUCUGAUAAUAGAUGUCAUUUACUCACUGGACGGAACAGUCUUUGCUCAUCGCACAUGGGUAACCCCAACCUGGACCACACCCCUGACCAACCUAAUCGGCUGCCGAGGUGUGAUAUUGGAAUGGGCGUGCUCUCCGGGCCCCACCCCCCUCCACCAGCUGUGUGAAUGACUCAGUGCUCGAACUCCGCUGCCAUGAGGAAGUACCAGCAGUACUACAACCGGUCUGUCAUCGAGGUGCACUAUCGACUGGCAAAGAACCUGAGCCAGAAGAGCCUGGAGGAGCGCAUCAACAGCGACGCGGGCCUCAGCAGCCUCAACGUGUUCUUCGUGGUCAUCUGCAGCAUCAUCAUCCUGGAGAACCUGCUGGUGCUCAUCGCCAUCUUCCGCAACAAGAAGUUCCACUCGGCCAUGUUCUUCUUCAUCGGCAACCUGGCCUUCUCCGACCUGCUGGCCGGCUCCGCCUACAUCGCCAACAUCUUCCUGUCAGGCUCCAGGACCUUCCGGCUGGUUCCGGUGCAGUGGUUCAUCCGCGAGGGCACGGCCUUCAUCGCGCUGUCCGCCUCCGUCUUCAGCCUGCUGGCCAUCGCCAUCGAGCGAUACAUCGCCAUCACCAAAGUCAAGGUGUACGGCUCCAACAAGACGUGCCGCAUGUUCCUGCUGAUCGGCACGUGCUGGGCCACCUCGGUGGUGCUGGGGGGACUGCCCAUCAUGGGCUGGAACUGCAUGGACGCCCUGCACGAGUGCUCCACCGUGCUGCCCCUCUACUCCACCCGCUACAUCUUCUGCGUGGUCACCGUCUUCAGCCUCAUCCUGCUCUCCAUCGUCAUCCUCUACGUGCGCAUCUACCUGAUCGUGCGCUCCAGCCACCAGGAGGCGGCCAGCUCGCCCACGUACGCCCUGCUGAAGACCGUCACCAUCGUGCUGGGCGUGUUCAUCCUGUGCUGGCUGCCGGCCUUCUGCGUGCUGCUGCUGGACACGUCCUGCGACAUGGCCUCCUGCCCCGUGCUCUCCAGGGCCGACGUCUUCUUCGGCGUGGCCACGCUCAACUCGGCGCUCAACCCGCUCAUCUACACGCUGCGCAGCAAAGACAUGCGGCGGGAGUUCCUGCGCGUGCUGUGCUGCUGGGGGGUGGUGCCGUGCGGCCAGACGGCCCACCCCUGCCUGCUGCCGCUCAAAAGCACCAGCUCCAUGGAGCACUGCACCUACAAACACGAGCCGCAGACCACGCCCAUCAUGCAGGACUGCACCACCUGCGUCUGAGGAGCGCGA